ACUUCGCGUACCAUCGUCGUGGUGCGCGGUACGUUCGCACCGAUGUGCGCCAUCGUUUCGCGUGUUUUCCGCGUCCCUUCCCGAUUUGAUCGCAGAUCUUCCGUAAAAAAGUUCGCGCGAAAGAAUCUCGCAAGUGGCGGUAUUUUCAAAGAAUCCACCGUGAUGUCGCGCACGCGGUGCGACUUUCGAAAAUCGAGCGUCGGCUCGUGACGCGCCGCGUGUUGCCUCGAUCUCUCGUGGUUCGACAGGAGUGCGGAGUGAAAGUGCUGGGAGAAUUAAAAAGAAACCGAGUCGCGGUGACGUGAUAGAAGGAUAUACGACGGUUCGACAGUGACGGGAAGAAAUCGGCGGCACACCACCACCGCGCAGCAUGGGGUCGUGCCGGCGGCACGGAGGAUCCGCGGAAUUCGGCCGAUUUCGCGGAUCGCCGUGCAGCGACGCGGUGCUCCGAUGAUGAGGGAGAACUUUGCGCUGAAGUGUGUUAUGCGCGAGUGCGGUCGAUCAGAAAUACGCUACCCAGCAGCAAGCCGCCGCCGGCACCGUCGUCGUGAUGCCGUUCGUGAUGCGGAAGGUAGAGCCGCGGCACGUGUGCCGCGGCCAUGUGCCGGCGGGCUCGCAUCCGGGCUGGCCGGUGGGCGCCGAGCUCGAGGCGGUGGCGAACGGCGCUCUCACCAGCUCCCUCAAGCAACUGGCCUCCCUCCUGACCGUCGCGGAGGACAUCUUCGCGGGCCUCACCGUCGAGCUGGCCCAGGUCGCCGAGAGAAGCGGACACCUACGUCGCAAGCUCGACAAGGUCGAGGAGCGACUCAGCACCGUCGAUCCCAAGAAGAUACCAGUCCCGGAAUCGGAUAUCUGUACUUUCGCGGCGAGGACGGAGCAUUUUCACGUCACGAAUAAACCAUCGACGAGACUGUUCACGACGGACACGAGGCCGAAGGCCCUGAGGGAGUUGUACGAGCUCGCUGCUAUAGUUGCCGUACGAAGUUUAGAUUCCUUGAGGAGGGAUGGCAGCUCGAUGGAUAUGUUCCUUUGCACGCCGGUCCUCGGUAAGAGGAGACGGGACCAAAGCCUCGACAUCGAGUCUAGAGUCCCGGCUGCUAUCGAAGAUCUUCGAAGAUGGACAUCUACCGAAGCGCUCGGCGACGUCACCGUACCGCCGGACUGCUCGUCCAGGAUCUUGGGCGACACGACCGGCGACGAUGCCGUCGAUCACAAGCUACCCAGCCCCGAGGAACAGGUUCAGGCUAUCGCGCUCAAAUUCCCGGCGGAAAUCGUAGCGGUGGAUGUGAGCGGACGAGGUUUCGAAAGAAUGUCGAUGAGGAGGAGGUCCUUGCUGUCAGGGCCAGAAACUCAGGAAACGACGGUGAAGAGGAGAUCGCGGCCACGCAGGCCGAGAGGGAAGAGACGAAAUACGAUCGCCGGUACCGAUCAGAAGGAGAUUCGACAAGCUAUCGGAGGGGAGACGACUGGCGAGGAGCCCGAGGAGACGCUGCCAAGCGCCACGCCGAGAGCGCAUCGCUCGGCGAGCACGGACGUCUUGGGGUCCACGAAGAAGGACUCGCCCACGGAAAAGAAGUCGCACUUCAACACGCUGAAGGCGUGGGGCAUGUCCAGACUGAAACUGAUCAGUCCGAAAUCGAAUCAGCAGCAACCGCAACAGGAAUCGACGAUGGUCAGCGCGGAGAGGACCGAGCAGACACAGGGUCAAACGAGAUCGCCGGAGGAGAUAAAUAUUUACGAGACGGUGACUACGAGACGCAGAAGGGACAAGUCGCACGAGAGGAAGCCCAGCUCGUCCAGCUCGAGCGGCAAGAGCACGGCCAGCAUACCGGUGUCGGUACCGAGCACGGACAACAAACAGCCGAGCGUGAAAUUACGCGAAAGCGCCGCCCAGAGGCGAGAACGACGGAAGGGCAGCAACCGCGACGACGCACCGCACUCGAGCUCCGGAAACUGGAGCGCUUCAUCCGAGAGCGGAAGAGCCAGCAUCGGCAGCGAGACUACCACCACCACGCAUCAGCCCAGAUCCACGACGACAGCUUCGAUCGGCACGUCCUCCACUUCCUUAAGUCACAUGAGGCGAUUGAAGGGAAGGGACACCUCAGCUUCAUCCUCGGUAACGUCCGAAGGUACUUUAACACCGGAUAUCAUACAGGAUAUCACGGUGGUACCCUUUUCCGACGAUGGCGAAACGUCGUCGGUGUACUCUUGUGACACGGAAGGAUAUUACACUUCAUUUCACAUGGACUCAGGCUUGAAAACUCUUAGAGAGGAGGAACUCAUGCCGCAGAGUCCUUUGACGAAGACUAACGACGUUGGCUCGGAUCCUACCUCGCCGAUUGUCGAGAACGAAUACGAACUAUUUGGCAGAGGAUCAACUUCCACAACGACCAGCUCGGCCGGAACGGUUUGCACCGCACUUAUGGCACCACCGCCUCCCGAGCGCAAGUCCAGCCUCACAGUUGUUGCUAUGGUUCAUGGUCAAAAUCAAAACGGCGGCGAAUCGCCUGACAGUGGUCACAACACAUCCUCGUCUCCCGUUGAAUCUGCUUCGAGUCCAGCUUGCACCGGACGUUCCUGUUCCGAAUUUGAGUAUUCAGAGUCCAGCGAUCUGGAGGGCUGCGAGCGAAUCGAGAGGAUUCGCUCGAAAACGGCAAUCACGACUAGUCGGAUUCCGUCGAUGUGCGUGAUCACGCCACCCGUAUCCGAUGACGAGCACGCGAAAGAGACGGACCAGAACGAGAAGAAGACGAACGAGCCGACGAGGAGGACUGAACUUCAAGGUGGCGGUUCGAUAUUAAUGUCUGCCACCGUCGGCACGUCCAAGAUGGAAGUGAUCAAUGGCCAGGACAAGAAUCUCUAUGCCACCGUACAAGUAUUGCCGGCGGCCGCCAAUAACGACAGACCGACGACGACAGGCCAGUCGUCGUCGUCGAUCAAAAUCAGUCCACUGAGCGGAGUUCUGGGCAAGCUUCGUGGCGUACUUCCGGGUAAGAAGCACGCCACGAAGAACGGAGCCGUGCAGGAGCUGUCGAAUGCAGACUCCGGCGACUAUGUGACCAUAGCCGACGUGAGGAACAACAACGACAAACGCCCCGCGGGCCCGCUUUCAUCGUCAUCAUCAACGUCGUCGUCGUCAUCAGGCAUGACUGCCGUCCGACCGACUACCACCUACGCCAAUUCCGAUAUCUUCAAGAAAGACGCGGAAUACGUCAGUUUGAGCGAGUUGCCGAAGAAACCGGAUUCGUCGUUGGAAAGGAAGAGACAGGGUGCCCGAGUCACUCUAGAUUCCGAGGGUAAAGUCGUCUACUCGUCCGAUAGUCUGAAGAGAAGAAAGGGAGCGCACACGACAUUUAAUCCAGGUCCCUUCGUCAGGGAAGGAGUGUCACCGAGUCCGUCGCCGUUGCUUCAUCGCGCGAUACCGAACAUCCGCGCCGUUACGAAGAACGUCGACGCUGUGGACGCUGCGAACAUCAGGACCACACCGCCGACGUCACCUCAGUUGGGCAAGCUAAUCAUUCGAGCGGCGCGAAGUCCCGAUCGCGCGACCAGUCCGGAUUACGUGCGCACGCCGACGACCGUGGUCGGUCCCACGAGCCCGACCAGUCCCCACAGACAGGUCUUACGCGGGGCUUACGUCAACGUGCAAGGCGACGAAGACAAUCCUAUACUGACCAUACCUCCGGAAUCCAUACCGCCGCAGGCGAUUGUUCAACCGCCGCCCUACAUAGCCCCACCGAAGCCCGAGGAUCGACAAAAGUCGCACAAGUACCACGAUAUCCUAAAGGACACGCAGCCACCUAAUCUGCGAGGAUAUCCCGAGAAGGAGAAGCAACUGAUCGCGCAGGAUCGAAAGCAGGACAUCUAUGACCCUCAUCGAAAUAUUCAGCAAUAUGACAACUGCAAAAAUAUCCUCGAACAGCAGAGGAUGUCGAACUAUGAGUAUCAGCAACGAGUUUGCAACUACCAAACGGUGCACAUGCACAACGCGAGGAAUCAGCAGCUCUGUUCGCCAGCCAGAGAUAUCAAUCAACAGCAAUUUUAUACCCUGCCGACAAGAAGACCUCAACGAGAGAUUGAACCGCCUCGUAGUGUCACGCCGGACAUCACCAGAGGUCUGGGACACGGUUCUCUUAGCAGCAUGCACAUGCUGGCGAAACAGGGCCAACACAGGGUCACGGCUGUGGAGAACGAGCAGACUCGAUACGUUUCCUACGUGGAUGCGGGGAGCAGAAAUUUGGAACAAGGGGAGAUGAGAGGUAGAUUCGUGCAGAGUCAACCUCAAUCAGUCGUGGAUGUUAGAAAUAGAUUCGCAACGCCCCUAAACCAAGCUGCACUCGGUUAUCGAUUCUUCGCAUCUUCACCCGCCAACGAUCCUCUUACGAAGUCUCCUCACGCGGAUAUUCUGAGGAAUAAUCCAAUUUCGCCGAUCGGCCACGGUGGCUACGGCAACGGCUUCAAAUCGUCCACUCCCACCAGCCACUACGGACGAUCGGUGCCAACCGUGGCGGAACGUCUAGCUCUGACCGCCGCCGCCGGCAAUAAUUGCUCGUCGCCGGUACCAACGAGCAGUUCCUCGGGCAGAAGCACUCCCAUCCAGACCUCUUCCGGCAGAACGACGCCGACCAAUCUGGUCCUGUCGCCCACCAAGAGCACCAUGUCCAACGAGGAGCUAUUCGCUGCGAUUCACAAGUCUAAGAAGAAACUCAACCUCAAGCUCAAUGAAAUCGACAACGAGAACUUAUCGCCGUACGGAUCAAUGAGCUCCUUGGUGAAAAUACCGGCCGGCACCAGGCAUAGCUGGAGCCCGGAAUCUCAAAAAGCUUCUUCGGAGAUACCGACUACGGUGCAAUCGCCUACGUCACGAAUGGAUUUCAAACGUUUGCUCCUUCAACAGAGUGUAAAGGCCAAUCCCAUGCGGCUAUCGGCGGCGGAACAGCUGAAACUGUCGCGCCAGCAGUGUCAACAACAGCAACAGCAAUCGUCGCCGAACGCUCACCAGAGUCCCUUGGCCAAAGUCCUGAGUCCACGCUCAGUCUGGAGGUUUCAGACCCCGAGAACCGACGUCCUUUCGUCCACCAUAAUCGAGGACACCGCAGCGGAGGAGAAAGCGAUGAAGCCCUCGCCGGAGAACACGUCUCCCAUUUCAAGACUGAAUUCUAGACGGCAGCUGGAUCUCUGCAUCGAUCUACCGAGUCACUUGCGUGUCACCGACAAGGACAAAGCCGCAAACUUCAACAACGAUAGACUAACGGCGAAAAAGACGUCUAUGGACGAGCUCGAUCUCGAUACCGCGAUCAAAUCGUUAAGUCAAAAUAACCAUAUCCACGAAUCAAUCACAAGCACGUCUGACGAUCCUACACGAAUCGCAUCUCCUGCGAAAACCACGAUAACCGGCCAGGAUACUUCGUCCUUGGUGCCUCGAAACGAUAUCGCUAGCACGGCGAUACGGUAUUCGAAGGGUACGCUCGAAUCUACGAGUCAGGACCCCGUGAGUGCUCUCGAGUCGAGGAGGAUCAGCAACCAACUGGCGAGAGCCCAGUUCCUGGCCAGCACACCCACGAGCACCAAUCCGUCGCAGAACCUCUACUUCAGCAAGAGAUUCAGAGCGCGAUCGGAAUCCCCGCGACACGCGAUAACGCAAAAUGUUGCGCCGCGCAGUCCGAGUGCUCCUGCUCUCGAAACCGCUCUGUGAUUCGCGAAUAUGUCGAUAAUGAUGACAACGACCUUGCACAAGACUUAGCUCUUCAUUACAUUGUGACGUACAAUGUGUACAUUUGCUCUCCUUAGCAAGCUGAGAUACCUUAAUUAAUAACAAAGUUUAGUAUACCGGAUUGUGAUCAUAUAUGUCCAUAUCAUAUAUGGAUUGAACAUAUAUUGUGAUCAUAAUAUGUCCGUAAAAACCAAGCACUGUUCUGAUUGGUGACAGUAACUUCAUUUUUAAUUUUUUUUAUAAAAUUUUUCUCGAAGGAAACUGACGCAAUUGGAAUUUUUUAAUGACGAUAUCUUAUCUAGUACAUUAAUGAAGAGUUAAGUAGCAAGGACAUCUGAUCCAUUUGGAAAUUUCGACGCGACGUAUUUAUUAACCGUAAUCCAUUUAAAUCGAAUCAUUUGUCCUAAUUACAACGGCUCUGUGCUAAGAGACAAUAAUUCGUGAUAUGGUAAUAACGCGGAAAUUAGUAUUACCCAGUAUUGCAAGGCUUCUUGCAUAAACUAGAAAAAAAACAUUCAGCGCGAAAACGUCGUAAUUAUUACGUCACGCUCUGGUCGAAUGUUAAAUUGAUUUUACGGAACGUAACGUUACCCUACAUAAUUCAAAUCGCUAAAUCUCAUAUAUGUAAUUCAAUCGAGUAAUAAGCAAUAAAUAGGAUAUUCUCGACGCUAAUAAUCUCAAUCGAGUGCCUAUUUGAUAUAAUCGUUUUAUAAAGAAGCAUUUUACGUAUGUAUAACACUAUUCAGUCUCGAAUUAAGACACAGUGAUGUACUCGAUAUUUUCUCAUUUUUUUAAUGCUAAGCGAGCCUUUUUCUUCUCAACGAAGAAAACGAUUUGAUCUUCGCACGAUCUCAAUCCUCACCAUCAGACAUUCUUAAAACAGUAAGGAUAAGAUGAAUACUAUUUCGAUAUAUUCUCAUCUCAAUUUAUAAAUACAGGAAAUGCGGAUGCAUUGUAUUCCUUGCAAAAGUAAUGCACAAAGGUUUCGUUCGCGAGAAGCUCUAUUCGCGAUACGAAGAAACUAUAGCGACGAAGCUCUUUCGUAGCUCCGACAAGAAUUUUAUCGUUACCUACAUUAAAAUCGAAAUAUUAUGCAGUAUUUUAUAACCACUUGGGCUAUACAAUAUUAAUUUAUUUACGGGAGUUGAGAGGAACAUAUUGGUAGCCAAGAGCCACGUGAAAAUUAAGCACAAUGGACUAUAAAUCGCUCGUCGUAGACGAUAGAAGUUGAGUGCAGGAUUAUUAUUAAAAAUUCUCGAGAUUGCCAGAGAACAAAAUCCUUUAAACUUGAUUAGAGAAUAAGUUCUAGAAUGCGCGAUUUAUCGUUCACCGUGCAAGGCACGUUAUUGUGCAUCGGCAGACUCGGUUUGCCGACGACGCCAAAUUGGGAGUCUAAUCGUUAAGGUAUUAAUUUAUUUGUCGACUUCGACGACGGCAGCCCAACUCCCGCCUUAAGUUUCGCCUUCGGCGAAAGUUGUACAUAUAUAAUACGCGAGCAGCGUAAAUCGCAAACCGAUUUUAAGUCUCGAUCGCUUGCUAGUCUAGUCGGGGUAGAAUUUAGUACGUAUAUAUAUGUAUCACGUUUUGGAGAUUUUUCGAGCGGAAAAGUGCCGUUAAUCGCGUGCGUAUAAUCUAAUCACGUCGAAUCGAUUUUAUACGAUUAUCGAAUGGUGAAUAGAGAGAAUCUACAAAUAUAUAUAUAUAUAAAUAUAUACAUUAUAUAACGUACGCGAGGAAGAUAAUGAUAUGUAUAGCGUAAUAAAACAAAGUUGCCUUAAUUAAAUUAUUUCGAAUUAUACGAGCGAUCCGGCGAUCGGCGCGAUUCAUCGACUAUUUACGAUCGCGCAAUGAACGGAAGUAAUUUUGCACAUGUAACAUGUAACCCGCUAGAUAUUAAGCUGGAAACGUGUUUUGUACUUUGCUCAGAAUAAAUGAAAAUAUUUCGUGAA